UUGUUUUUGCAUGUUUUAUAUCUAGUUUUACUACAAUGGGAUUCUCAAAGUCCAGAAGUGUAUUUUAUGAAGCUUUCAAGAGGAAUUUGGGAUUUACUAGCGAAGAAGCUGCUUGGCCUUACAGUUUAAUGUCCACGUUCAUUCAUUUAUCAGGUCUAAUGUUUUCUCCACUGAUGUAUUACGUUUCGAUCAGGAAAAUAGCAAUCAUUGGAAGUAUUCUUGCAGCAACAGGAAGCAUAGUAUGCUACUUUUCUACAAAUUUUCUCGUUAUUCUCUUCGCUUUAGGUGUUAUAAAUGGUAUGGGAAUUGGCAUAUUUUAUUCUUUUAAUCCAGUCAUCAUCGGUAUGUACUUUAAUCGGUACAAAACUAGAGCAAUGGGUAUAGCAACUUGUGGUUCGUCUAUUGGAUCAUUCGUGCUUGCUCCAUUAUCUUCUGUGCUAAUCGAAAACUACGGUAUCAAAGGCAGUUUUCUGAUUUUCGGAGGAAUUAUACUUCAGUGUUUGCCAGCUGCCUGUCUUUAUUAUGAACCAAAAAUGGCUACAGACACAGAAAAUUCGCUCAAAAAUGAAUCGGAUACGAACGAUAAAUUCAAAGUUAUAAAAAUAAGUUGGGAUUUUUUUAAAAAUCCAUUAUUUUUAAUGAUAUCAUUUACAUUUUCUAUCUAUCACUUAUAUAUGUCUAUAUUGUUGACCAUUAUACUAGAUUUUACAGUAAAAACAGGAAUAAAUAAAUUUAAUGCAAUUUUCUUUAUACCUGCAAAUGCUAUUACUGAUCUUAUUGCACGACUUGCCGUCGGCUGGAUUCUAGAUCUUGGAAUUAUCAGUAAAGUUAAAUUCGUUAUAAUAUGUUUCUUCUGGUUGGGAGGUUUAACCUGUUCACUUCCAUAUUUAUGGGAAUAUGUAGGAUUCUUGAUAAUAUUUUGUGCCAUUGGAAUUGGCUUUGGAUGUCUUCGAGUAGAACAGCAUAUCCUCCUCACGGAAUACGUAGACUUAACCAAGUUACCUGUUGCAAUAGGAUUUACGAAUUUUAUUAUUGGAUUUGUUUUAUUUCUUCAAGUACCUAUAAUAGCGUAUUUUGAAGAAAUAAAUCGAUACGAUUAUCUUUUCUACUUACUUGCUUCCUUGUUAUUCAUUUCUGCAUUUGUAUGGAUGUUGGAACCACUGAUAAACAAAUGCCAAAAUAGAAAUAACCAAGUUGUUCCGUAA